UUUUUCUUUUGUGUCUCUCCCUUUCUAAAAAAUUUUUCCUUGCACCUUACACAAUACCAUACCGAUUCAAGAGAAACAAUGGCGCCUUCCAAUCGUAGAGUUUUCAGUCAAGCAUCGCAAAGCAGUGUAAGAACCGUCACUCUGAGUUCUGGUGGUCUGAAUGAAAGAUUCAGUCAAUUGGAUACGACUCGUCAGUCCACUUCCUCUCCGUCCAACCGACCCAGUAUCUUCAGUCGCAUUCGUGGUGGCAGCGAUAUGGCAAGCGGACGUGGUCCUCGCAGUGAUAUCCAAAGUCGACUUGGACGAACCAACGCUGGCGGUGUGAACAAACGCUCACGUCAAGGUCCCGCUCCCAUGACGGGUGUGCAACGAACCGGUGGUGGUCCCCUUCGUAAUCAGCGUGGAAAAAUCUCCUCUUCAAGACUCAACAACAGACAACAAAAAACACGAUCCCCCAAACCAGGCAAAGGCGCUGCUUCUUCUUCUUCUGCACGCGGUGGGAAACGAGCUGAUGGUCGUGGCAAAUCCAAAGAUAAAAAGCCUGCAACAGCUGAAGAUCUCGACAAAGCACUGGAUGAGUACAUGAUGAAAGACCCAAAAACCGCCCAGUCCAAGCUGGACGCUGAACUAUCGGCUUACAUGGAUGAAGCCGGUGACAUCCUCAUGGAGCUGUAAAGUCGCUGCUUUUUUUUUUAUCCAAAAUAAUUGUCCCCAAACACACACAAACCCACA